AUGCGAUGUCGUAUGCGGAAACAACUAUUCAUUCAGCGUAAUAAGGUCUGCGAUUUCUCUCUCAUAUUAGCGAUAGCCGGGCUGUUGUUCGUCAUCGUCGAUGCCGAGCUUACUGCACUUUCAUCCACUACUCAUAUCACAAAGGUAAAAAUAGCGUUGAUUGAUUCGGGUGCCGAUGAUUGGCGCGUCGCCGUAAGCAUGGACCGGGUGGUCAAGCUGUCUGUCGAGUUGGCGGAUGCCGCAACACGCUCGAUCGCCGCAUUGAAUCGAAUCUCAAUGGAUUUUCGUUUUGUUAUCAAAACCAUGAUGGCCGAUCAUCCUCUCCGAGUGCUGAUCGUCUUCACCGUGUCUUACUGGAUCUGUAUGUCGUGGAUGUUCACGCAGUGUGAACGUUAUGAUGGCAAAUUGGACGUGGAACAUUACUACCUGAAUUCAAUGUGGUUCAUUAUGGUAACGUUCAUGUCAAUCGGAUACGGUGACAUCGUGCCCAACACAUACUGCGGCCGGACAUUGUCCAUUACAACAGGAAUU